AUGUCACAAGGUCAAGAUCAAGCGGAACCGCCCUUGCCUCCCCGCAAUGCCUUCAUCCACAACUCUGCCAUGGCUGGUGCCGUCAUUCUACCCCUUGCGAUGCUCCUGCCACCACGAAAGAUAGAUCUAAGGUUCUUCGUCCUCGCUGGAGCCUGGUCCAUAGCCACAAAUCAGCUCGCCUACGAAUACACGGGGUCGUCAAUCUACGCACGCUUCGGCAAUCGCAUGGGCUCCAUGAUGGGCACCGAGCUCCCCGAAGGUGCUCAGCGUACACAAAAACUACUACGAGAGCAUCGCGAGAGAGAAGCGGCACGAAGAGUCAAGGAGGGACAUCAGAUCGAAGAAGAGAAGACGGGUGUGGUAGCUAAGACGCUCAACGACGUGUGGAUGGGGGGUGAAGAGAAGGACUGGAAAGAGAAGCGUGUCAAGGAGCAUCAACAAAAGAUCGAAGAGGGCAAGGGAAUUGGUGAUAUCAUUAUUGACCAGGUUGCCGAUGUCUGGUAUGGUAACUGGGGAAAGGGUACCAAGAAGCCUGACGACGAAAACUCGACCGAGAAGAAGUAA